GCUUACAGUAGCUCUAGCCCGUGUAGCUCCGUCAGUACCGGUGGUGCUCCUGAGUCUUCAUACGUCACAGUCAACACGGAGCUAUCAAAGAGUGUUCGUGGGCUAAUGGUGGAUGUAUAAAGAGAAGCAAUACCAUGAUAAUAAUACUAUAACAAUAAUACUAAUACUAGGGCUCAUACUAUCAGUUAACAAGCUAAGGUCGGUAACUGUUAAAACUUGGCUCGUUCCUGUGUGAGGCAAACGGUUUCCAUGGUAACCGUACGUCUGUCAAAUGGUUCCCCGGCUACAACGACACACAAUGGUUCCUGCGCGCCGCCGUGUCAUAAAGCCGUCGAGGGAAGCGCGCUCACGCAGUUAACGUAGUUGGACGCUUGUGAAGGAGGGAGACACAGACAGAGACAGAGACGGAGACAGCAUCUCAGCAGGUCAGGUACAAAGGCAACAGGAUAAAGGAGCCACAUGCAAACAUAGAGGUGGAGCAGGUUGAAUUAACGCAACUAGAGUCACUGGUCACUGGACAGGCUGACUGUUGGCAACUUGUCGGCGGUCCAAACAGUCAAACUGAACAGGCUGGGGAACAGGAACAAAGUACAAGCAGGCAAAAAUGGCUGGAACUUAACUCAACGGCAGCAAAGCAAUAUUGACCAUCUGGCUGCCACUGACCUCAGCACAGCAGUCAGAGAGCAUCAUGGGAGGUGCGGUGGUGGACGAUGGACCUCCUGGGGUGAAGGCUCCAGAUGGCGGCUGGGGUUGGGCGGUGUUGGCCGGCGGCUUCGUCAUCACCGGCUUCUCCUACGCUUUCCCCAAAGCCAUCAGCGUCUUCUUCAAGGCGCUGAUCCGAGAGUUCGAUGUCGGCUACAGCGACACCGCCUGGAUCUCGUCGAUACUGCUCGCCAUGCUGUACGGCACAGGGCCUCUGUGCACCGUGUUGGUGAACAGGUUCGGCUGUCGACCGGUGAUGAUGGUCGGAGGGCUCUUUGCCUCGCUGGGGAUGAUUCUGGCCUCCUUCGCCACCAGUAUCAUACACAUCUACCUCUGCACUGGAAUUAUUACAGGUCUGGGUCUGGCGUUGAACUUCCAGCCGUCUCUGAUCAUGCUGAAUCGUUACUUCAGUGAGAAACGUCCUCUAGCCAACGGUUUGGCAGCAGCCGGCAGCCCUGUGGCUCUGUGCUGUCUCUCCCCACUGGGACAGAUUCUCCAGUACCACUACGGCUGGAGGGGGGGGUUCCUCAUACUGGGAGGCAUACUGCUCAACUGCUGUGCCUGUGGCGCCCUCAUGAGGCCCCUGCUGCCCCCUAAGAAGCUGGAGGAAAGCACUCCCAUAGCUGUAGAGGAGGAGAAGAAGCCCAUGCCAAAGAAGAAGCUGUUGGACUUCAGCGUGUUCAGGAACAGAGGUUUCCUCAUCUACGCCAUUGCAGUGUCGAUCAUGGUGCUGGGCUUGUUCGUGCCCACCGUGUUUGUGGUCAGCUAUGCUAAGAACCUCGGCUAUGAAGACACCAAGGCAGCGUUGCUGCUCACCAUCUUGGGAUUUGUUGACAUCUUCGCUCGGCCCGCAUGCGGACUCAUAGCGGGCUUGAAGUGGGUUCGGCCCAGAAGCGUCUACCUGCUCAGCUUCGCUAUAAUCUGCAACGGGUGCACCGACCUCAUAGGAUCACAGGCCAAUGACUACGCAGGUCUGGUGGUCUUCUGUAUCUUCUUCGGUAUAUCAUACGGCAUGGUGGGAGCGCUACAGUUCGAGGUCCUCAUGACUAUCGUAGGGACGGAGAAGUUCCCCAGCGCCAUAGGCCUGGUGCUGCUGAUGGAAGCUAUCGCUGUGCUAGUGGGACCUCCUGGAGCAGGUCGUCUCUUGGACGCCACCCAUUCCUACAUGUACAUCUUCGUGUUGGCGGGCUGUGAGGUCACGCUGGCGGCCUUUGUCCUGGCCAUAGGUAACUUCCUGUGCCUUAGCAGGAGGAAGGAAGACCUGGAGGCUAAGAUGGAGAUGGCUGUCACUGCUGCAGAGAAGGAGGGGCUGAACUGUGAGGUGGAAGGCGAGGAAGAUCAUGAAGGCGAAGAGGAGCCGAAGGAGAAAGAGAAUGGAGAAGUUGGAGCUUUGAAAGCAGGGGAGGAGGUGAUGAUGGUGAAGGAGAAGGGGGAGAAGGGUGGAGAGAACACAUCGUUAUGAAGAACAAGACUAUGAUGACUGGACAUACCAAGGACUGAGGAAGAUCUGUGGUGAAGGAGACGGAGCGAGGAGCCACACAGAGUAGGGGGAGGAAGAAGGGCUGAUAUCGCCCUUUAAAUGAACAGCACUCACUGGUUUGAUAGAAUGGACACAAGGCAGAGUUCAUUAUCUACAACUGGUUCUAAUGCAACAUUUACAUCACAUUCUGUACAUUACUGUUAAAGGGGAACAAUUUUCAUAAUUCAUACAUGUUAUUCCUAUGGUCAAAGACAGUCCAAAAAUAUUAGUAUACAUGAACAACUCUCUCCCAAAUCCAAAAACUCGAGUGCUAAAUCUCAAACUGAUGUCAUAGGGUAUAAAGUGUGGAGCUGCUCCAUAGACAAUGAAUGGGAGAGAUGUUGUAGAUGACACUGGCCCUGUUCACACCUGGUAUUAGAAUGCGUCUCCACAUGUGUCUCCAGUGACCA